AUGAGUAUUCUUCACGUCGUCACCGCCGUUGUUGUGUUCCACGGGAUGCGGAGCGGGAAGAAGAGAGGUAGGUCAGAGCCUGGUUCCACAAACCAUCCCAGGAACCGAUACUCCGACAACCCACCGGAUUUCGCUUUGUUGGCCUCUCUCUACCCUUCUUUCAAGCCCUUUGUUUUCUUCUCCGGUGCUCGUCCCCGCAUCGACUGGACCGAUUACAACGCCACCCGAGAGCUCACUCGCACCCUCCUUCUACACGACCAUUCCCUCAACUGGUGGAUUCCGGACGGGCAGCUCUGCCCAACUGUUCCCAAUAGAUCGAACUACAUCCAUUGGAUCAAUGAUCUUUUGUCCUCUGAGAUCAUUCAGAGUUCUGGUAGCAAAGUAAAGGGCUUUGACAUUGGUACAGGAGCCAAUUGCAUCUAUCCUCUCCUCGGUGCUUCCCUCUUCGGUUGGAGUUUUGUUGCCUCAGAUUUUACUGUUGUAGCUCUUGAAUGGGCUGCGAAGAAUGUUCAAAGCAACCCCCAUAUUUCUGACCUAAUCGAGAUCAGAGACUCUAAACUUGUUCCAGAUUGUUCCUCUGAGUCCCCUGUCCCGGAAGCUGUAGAUAGAGAGAGUGAGAAGCACCCUAGUCAAUCAGAAACCACAUUGUAUUUGUCCCCCACGCCUCAGUCUGAGUGUCUUGAAGAUGGCAGCAAGAGCUCUAUGGGACCAGCCAUACUCCUCGGCGUUGUCAAGGAAAAUGAAACCUUCGACUUCUGUAUGUCCAAUCCUCCAUUUUUCGAGACCUUUGAGGAAGCAGGCCUUAACCCUAAAACUUCAUGCGGUGGAACUCAUGAGGAGAUGGUUUGCAACGGUGGGGAGCUAGCUUUUGUGACCCGUAUUAUCGAAGAUAGCACUGUACUGAGGCAAAGAUUCAGGUGGUACACUUCGAUGCUUGGAAAGAAGGUUAACCUCAAACUCUUGAUAUCUAAGCUCUGGGACGUAGGGGUUACAGUUGUAAAGACCACUGAAUUUGUCCAAGGCCAAACAUCCCGUUGGGGGCUCGCUUGGUCCUUCAUGCCCACAGCUAGGAAGAUUAUUGUAGCACCUCCUGUAGCCAAAAAGAGCGCUUCUUCUUUUAUGCUUGAGGGCAUUAAACGGCAGUACAGUGCUGCAGAUGUGCUGCAAUCAGCUGAAGAAUUCUUCAAGAGCUGUGGUGCCUCGUGCAAAUUAAACGCUUCUACAUUUUCUGUUGACAUUGUUGCGUCCAGUGACCAGUGCAACACAAUAACAAAGAAUGGCACUGGAGAUGUGGAUAGUGUAAGAGGCCACGGAUAUGAAAAACAGUCACUGGAUUGCUCCAGUUUGCAAGUCCCUCAAGAUAACCUAUCAUUCCGCAUCUUGGUGUUCCAGCAGAUGCCAGGAACGUUGCUUAUAAAAGGAUCAUUACAGCAUAAAGAUUGUCCCCUCUCAGGAUUGUUCUCAGUGGUUUUCGGUUCGUUGGAAGAAAGCAUGAAGUCCAAAUUUUACCUACCUUACGGGGAACGCUACACAGAGCCAAGUUGGAUUACCCAAAAGAAGUUGAAGAGAGAGAAGGGAAAUAUGAAUCCUUGUGAAGACGAAUAUUUUCUCGAUCACCUGUCCAUCCACUCAAACACACCCUUACAACUACCGUCAGAAUCAUUGCUGUCUGAUGAUCUGCGCAACUUCCGUCUUCUCCUCAAGUGGUGCGCUUUGGAUCACUCCUCCUCUUCCGGUAAAGCUGUGUCCUACUUGGUGUUUGUAGUCUUCACCUUACUUGUCCCCCUCCUAAGUUGUCUGUCCAUCAAAACGUCUGAAACCCCGCCUUCACCAGUUGUGGACACCAAGUCAUUCAAUGUGCUUGUCCAAUUCCCAGAGUCUGGACUGGCCCUGAUCGCUUUCUUGACUCUACUAUGUUUCUUUAGGAUAUAUAGUCUCAGGCAGCUUCUGUUUCUUGAUGAUUUUGUCUUGGUGAUGCUUGGCUUUUCGCGCGAACUUGACAAGGCCUUACGUUGCCUGGCCUGCAUACUCUUGCCUUCUUUCCUUCUAGAACUUGUGCACAAGAGCAUAUUUUUCUCCUCAGCAGAAGUAUCAUUUCCGUUCAUAGAGUCAUCUUGUGCUGCAUUGAACUUUGUGAUGUUCGUGCUCGUCUUGUUUUCAUGGGUUUACCGGACAGGAGUGUUCUUGCUUGUCUGUGUCCUGUUCCGGUUGACCUGUGAGCUGCUGAUACUGAGGUUUCGAGGGCUUCACAAGAUGUUCGAUAGAUGUGGAUCGGACACCAUAGAAGAUGUAUGUAAGGAGCACGUAAGGAUCAAGAAACAGCUGUCGAUUACAAGUCACAGGUACAGGUUUUUCAUCAUCGCGUCCUUUGUUGUGAUAAGUUCCAGUCAGUUUGUGGCCUUACUGUUGGUUUUUGCCUCAAAGUCUGACAAGAGUUUCCUCAACUCUGGUGAUUUGGUGGUAUGUUCUGCUGUUCAGCUUUGCGGAAUAUUCUUGUGCUUGUUGGGUGCUGCGAGAAUCACACACAGAGCUCAAGGAGUAGUGUGCAUUGCAACGAGGUGGCACAUGACUUUGACAUGUGCUUCUGAAGCUGCCUCACCCGAGAGUGACACUGAUUCAUCCGACAACGUAUACAUCAAUGUGUCGCCGUCACUGGACUUAUCUUCCUUUUUCCAGGCUAGGCAAGCUCUAGUGGAGUACCUGCGACAUAACAACAAGGGUAUUACGCUCUAUGGAUAUGCACUCGAUAGAGGAUUGCUCCAUACACUCUUUGCAUUUGAGUUCUCUCUGGUGAUGUGGAUUCUGAGCAAGGUCGUGGUUCUAUCUUAG